AUGGUCAGUGACUCUUUUCUCAAGACAUGUGCUUUUAAGAAAAUGGACGUAGCAGAUAUUCUGAGGAGAGAUCAAGAUGGAGAACGUAUCAUCAAAGAACUGACGAGUGGAAAGGUAUCCCUCAAGACUAGAUGCAAGAUGGUCCGCAUUCUGGUUUCAGAUCUCAUAGUAAAUCACGGCACACACCCUUCUACAGAUGUAAAAAUUGGACUGGCAUGGUCAAUAGUGACUCAGUUUCCCACGUUACGAGAUCAAGAGGGGGAAGGAUACGAGGCCUUUUUUACUAAAAGUAGGGAUAGGCAUUCAGCUACAGGCUAUAUUGAGGAACGCCUUAGAAAUGUGAGAAAAAGAAUGCCCAAACAAGCCAGCACCAUGAAGGAUCAACCCACAGAUCAAGGAAGCGGUGAACCUCCCGCUGAAGACAAGGAUUCAACCAUUUCAGAAGACGAAGCUGCUGAAAUGUGUCGCUGGCUUCAGCACAACGUGCAGCCAGUGAAAACCGUACAAGACUAUAUGGCAGCAACAUCCCAGAAACGUAUCAGGGACAUCCAUAGGACUUUGUUUGGAAAAGGAGUGGCUGAAAGCCUGUCUAUGAAAUGGACAGAAGAAAUGGCGAAAAAGAUCAAACAGUAUGCCCAGAUGCAAAGAAGCAGCCCAUUACUGGAGGAGCUUUGUGCAGGCAUCGACACUGGUAAUCCACAGAGUGCACUGCACCUACUGCCACUGUUCCUGCCACCAGGAAGAACAACAAACAAACAUGGAAAAUGUCGCAUAUCAAGUAGUGAGGAGGCUUUGAGGUCUUUCAUAGAUGUCCAACCAAUUGGAACGAACUUGCCCUCCUAUCUUGGUGAGGUGCUAGAGGCAGGGGAUCGCCCACAGCCCUACGUUCUCAUUCUUGGAGGAAGACUCCAACCAUCUGAAAGUUUUGUGGUAAUUGAAGGACAUUCAAUCAAGACACAGUCUGUACUUGCUGCCGUUGAUGUGUGCUUCAAAGCAUUGUAUACUCUGGACAUUAACUACCAGCGACAAUGUGCAACUUCCUGGGAAUUCCUCCAGAAGUAUGUGUACGGCAUCAAGGAUGGAAAGGGAAAAGAGAUGACCUCUCCAGGGGUUCGCAGCCUGAGGGCCUUUCUGGACAAUGUUCCAUCAUGUUGA